AUGCCACAGACACUUUGUAAAAUGUUUGAAAAUAUGAAAAAAGCAUAUACACUAGGACUAUUUGAUAAGUAUUUUGAUGAUGAGGAUGAUGAAUUAACGUCUAAACACUGCAACACCUCCAACCAUGGAAACAUUGACGACGAUGAAAAUAGCUCUUCACAUUUUGGAUUUGUAGCAAUGCGUGCUCCAAGCCCAUAUUCCGGAUUUUUAAUCACCUCUCGAGCUAGUAAUAAGCAAAAUCCAACCUUGAAAGACAUUGUCUAUGUGUCACAUGUAGAUUUCGAGAAACAAGAGUUACAUGUGCAUUCCCAGCAAGGACAUAAAUCAUCUCUCAAUGCAAAUGUUGCUGCAUGGCUGUUCGAGAAUCGAAAAGAAGUGAAGCUCAUCUUACACGCACAUAUUUUCCCAAGUUGUGAUAAUAUGACUGAUUUUGAUUAUUCACCUGGAACUCAGGAAGACGUUGACGCAGUGGCAGCAAAAAUGUCACAUGGAGAGAAAAUUGUAGAAAUUCCACAGCAUGGAAUCAUUUCGGUAGCAGAGCAGAGUGAUGAAGUGGAAGAGGCUAUUCAUGCACUCGGAGAAGGACAUGCCUACUUUAAAUUUGCUCAUUUAUAUGACAUGAUUUAUGCAAGAUUUCAGAAGUCGACUGAUUUAAUUGAUGUACUCGAUCGAGAAUUUCCUGACAACAAGAAUUUCACAAAUAUUUGUGAUCUAUGUUGUGGAACUGGAGAAGUCACUCGAUUACUCUAUGAGAGAGGUUUUCGAACAUUCACAUUGGCCGAUCAAAGCGACAAGAUGUUGUCAUAUGCCAUGAAAAAAUUAACCACUUGUUAUGGAGAAGAAUUUACUCGCACCAUUCCAACACAUGUCACAUCCAUGCAAGAACUGAAAAUUCCAGAAGCAGAAUUUGAUGUCAUUGUCAUGAGGCAAGCCAUCAAUUACGCAAUGCAUUUGGAAGGCUAUCCAAGGUUUUUACCUCCUGUUUUGAACAUCUUAAAAAAGGAGUUUUCCAAGAUGCGUGAAUUGAGAUAUGACUCUACCGAUGGACAUGUUGGUAUUUCUGGAGACAAUCACAAAGAUUACGACAACAACAAUCAACAACAUUUGAAAAUUCCUUUCAAUGUAUACAUUAGAGAAGGAAAUUUGUUGAAAAUUGAGAAUCAUACAGCAAAUCCUCGUAGAGAAAUUCGCUUACUCAGUCACGCACAACAUUGUGUCAUGGAACGAGUGAGAUUCGACCAACAUUCGAAAGAAGUACCACUGUAUGAAAGACAUUGCUUAUUCGAUCUCAACACAUUUGGAAUGUUCACACGGAACGAAUUUUAUGACGAAUUGAAAGGUGUGGGUUUUACUCAAGUGAAAUGUUAUGGAAAGGGACUUGCAGAAAUCGAUAUUGAAAGAGCUCAAGAUGAACAAUCUCCAUCGUUGUACUUUGUUGCUACCAAAUAG